UGUAUGUGUGUGUGUGUUUGGGGCGGAUCUUUGCGUUAAAAUACAUGUCCACCUCAUCGCCUCUGCCAAAAUGACAAACGAAGCGCAGUUUCUAUCAGAAGUCAGUGUCCUGAGUGCGGAUGUUUAACGCUGUGUCUCUGUUAACACCAGUCGCACACACAAUGUCUUUAAUGGAGAAACCUUCGGCGGGGAAGAAGCUCCUGCUGGAUGACACGGUUUCACUGACGGCGGUAAUCGAAGCCAGUCAGAAUUUACAAUCUCACACGGAAUACAUCAUCCGUGUUCAGAGGGGAGUCUUUACGGAAAACAGUUGGACGGUGAUCAGGAGAUACAGUGACUUCGACAUGCUGAAUAAUAGUCUGCUGAUCUCAGGCCUGAACCUGCCACUUCCUCCUAAGAAGUUAAUUGGGAACAUGGAUCGUGAGUUCAUAGCAGAGCGGCAAAAAGGUCUACAGGCGUAUCUGAACUUCCUCACUCAGCAUCACAUCCUGUCCAGCUGUGAACUGGUCAAAAAGUUCCUCGACUCUAACAACUAUUCUGCAAACUACACAGAAAUCGCCUUACAGCAGGUGUCCAUGUACUUCAGAUCAGACCUGAUAUGGGAAGUGGUUGAGCCUUUAAAAGACAUAGGUUGGAGAUUACGAAAGCGGUACUUCUUGGUUAAAAACAAAGAGCAGCCUAAGGAAAGACAAGUCUUAAGCUGGGUGGAUUUCGGUCCCGAUAAGUUCUUAUCGGACAAAGAUCUGCAGUCCAUGAUGAAGCUGCUUCCAUCUCUGACUCACCCAUACAUCUGUCCAGUCACCUAUGCUUCUACUAUCGAGUCCUCAGCAGUGGUAAUCAGGAUCUUUAAUGAAAAAGGCACACUUAGGGAUCAUAUUUGCAAGGUAAAGCCAAAAGAAGCAUUCCUGAAGAAGUACUGCAACCCCAAAAAGAUCCAGGGUCUGGAAAUCCAGCAGAUCAGUACAUAUGGAAGGCAGAUUUUGGAGGCCCUGAAAUUCCUCCAUGACAAGGGAUUUCCAUAUGGUCAUCUCCAUACCUCGAAUGUUGUGAUCGAAGACAACACGUGCAAACUGCUAGACAUAGAAAACUCCAUCCUGGGACUUCCCUCUUACUACCGUCCUUAUGUCACCCAGUUCAGGAAAAUUAACAACACAGAGAGCGUUGACGUCUUCUCCUUUGGUCACUUGUUGUACGAAAUGACAUACGGAAGACCUCCUGAUGCCGUUCCUGUGGAUCAGUAUCCCUCCGUGCCCUACACUUCAGUCGUCUCGGUCCUGCAGUCCAUCCUGUCCACUGAGGCAUGUAAAACAGGGAUGCCCACAGUUUCUCAGCUCUUACAGACACCCCUAUUCAGGGACGUGCUGCUGUUCAACACAGAGAAAGCUCAGUUUAAGGUCACCUCCAAAUUGAAAGAGGCUGUAAAAUCGUCCAAAGAGUGUUUGGAAAAACGUCUCCUAGAGGAACAGAGAGCGGUUCAGCAGCAGAGGAGGCUGACACGGGCACAGAGUCACCACGGCUCUGAAGAGGAGAAAAGGAAGAGGAAGAUCCUUGCCAGAAAGAAAUCCAGACAGUCUACUUAUGAAAAUGAGGAGGACUUUUCUGUCAAAUACAACAACAACUCUGGUUCAGGAGCGAGUUCUCCACCUACUUGUCCUUCUUCUCCCACUCCUCCAUCUGCACCAGGUGUUCAGCCAGUGACCCUUCCACCGCCUCCACCACCUCCUCCACCUUCUUUAGGGAUCGAGCCCAGCCCUCCGGCCCUCCAUCCUCCUUCCGUUAACGGCAAUGGCCGAAGCGCCCUCCUGAGCUCCAUUCAGACCUUCAGCAAAGGCCGACUGAAAAAAGCAGAGACCUGCGAUCGCAGCAAUCCUACCAACUGAGCAACACUUUUUAUGGUCCGUAGUUCUUAUCGUGUGCAAUUUGUACCUGGCCCUUUUAUCCGAAGCUUCCGGGAUCUGAUCUUAAGGAGUGCAGAUAUGUUUUAAAACUGGACUGCAGGGGGAAACAAUUUUUAAUAUUUUACUCCCAAAUCGGCUACGGAUCAGUGAUGGUGAAGCUAAAGUAUGGGCUGUCUGUGCUGCUAUACAGGAUAUGACCUUGGAAAUGGCAUUUCAGCUGUCAGGUUUAUAAAUUGGACUUGAAUAUUUGUGGUAAAUUAUCACACACGCCAUACAGCGAUCUUCCUGACCCCCAUAAAAUCAGCCUCCAGCUGCAGCACAUUCAUCAUGUGGUGUUUUCAAGCAGAAUUUAGGUUGAGUUUCAAACAAAAAAAUCUUUUAAUGCUUUGGCUUUCACUUUUGGGUUUUACUUAAAACAUCGUUUAGGUUUUGCCUUUUAAACCUGUCAGAUCUGUAAUAUUAAUAUAAUAGUACUUUUAAAUCACGUCAGAAUUGCAGCAAUUAUGAGAUGAAUCAGCACUUGACAAGGCAGAAGAGGUAGAAGUCACUCGUUUGAUACUGUAUCUAUGAUCUGACUAGACUGAUUUUCAAUGGUUGCUUUAAGAAAGAGAGUUAAAUUUGAAAAUUUCAAGGCAUCCUGGAACAGAGCUACCAUCAGGAGAUUCACAGAAGGAUAAUCAGAUUGAUUUUGCAUUAGGCUCCUGAGUGGCACAAAAGAAAAGUAAGUUUAAAUCCUGAUGAUACCAUCAUUUGUGGCUGUUGUGAAUAUGGGAGCAAAAUUGGUCAUGCUGUCUGAGUAGGAGGGAUGUCAUACUUUAUCUCCCAUGUCAGUCAGAGCGACACUAGCCAAUCACGAGCAUCCGGGAGCUCAUGGGUGCAAAAUAAAGAGUAGAAAGCACUUUUAUCUGCAUGUGCAGCAGUUCAGAAAGAUGCAGUAACUGGCAUCACAUUUCUUAGAGGAAGCCCAUGCUUGACUUCACCCUUUCUGUGUGGAUGGAAUUUGCAAAUCACAAACCUGGGAGAAAAUGGGAUAAAAUAUAUAUUUAAAAAAAAAUAGAAAUGAAAGACCAAAAAAAAAAAAAAAAAAAAAAAAGCAUGUUGGGUUUUGUGCCACAUUUUAACCAUUGUGCCUAUACAACACAAUUGAUAUCAUUUCCAUUGACAGAUUUAGGAGCUGUGUAUCUCAUUAGCAACAGUGUGAAUUGUUUAAUCGGUGUUCCAUCGAAGCCUGUGUUCCAAAAAUAGUGGAUAUUCCAUUUGAUCUAAAUGCUACUGCUGAAACAGUGGAACAGCUCCAGUGCAGAACAAUUAUAGCUAAAUCGUAGUGGACAUCCGUCUAACCUAAAAUGUUUUCCAGAAAUAUCUGCUUCAAUGUACACACAAUUCUUAAGCCUUGCCAAGGUGUUUUUAUACACAAUAGGAUUUACUAUAAUCUCUAAAAAGGAUCAAAACAUUUUCAGUGCAAUCUGAUAUCAUGCCAUCCCUUGGAGUCAAACAAGAGAUUAAAGAUAAAACCGUGACUCGGUGGCACCGUUGUUUAUUUACAAACAUGACUAGAACUAAACGUGUGCAUCAGGAAAGGAAAUAACCCAGGACCCAAUAAAAAGUCACUGGAGUGGGAAGACACAUUGAUUAACAUUGAUUAGAAUGUGCGUUCGUUCCUUCGUACGUUUGUUUGUUUCUUUAUCUUCAGUAACUUUUUUUUUUUUCCUGUUCACAGUUAUGAUAGUUUCCAUUACAGAUUUGUUUAUAUUUUAGCGAAAAAAGAACUACCAAAAUUUAUUAAAGAAUUUCACCGGCAGGUGCAAACAAAUAUAACUUCAGGAUUAACGCAGGAUUGAUUCAACUUUGCUCGAGCUUUCUAACUUUCUGCCGGAGCAAGUGGGAGUGAUCAGAAGCACAAGUAAACCUUCCUGCAGAUGGGGUGUAGUCAGAUCUGAUCCAGCUUUUCCUUCCAUGUCAAGCCAAAAGUGUAGGAGAUAGAAACAUCUCAAUGUAUUUCAGGCUGGAUAAGUGUAUUUAAUGUUUUGUCAUGUUUGUGUACAGCAUUGUAUGGGAUAAGGAUAAGUCUUUUGAGAAGUUGGAUCAGAUCUAUCUCUAACCCCUGGACUUUGUGUUCUGAAGGAAAAGCAGGAUUUCAAAACACUUCUAAUUUAAAGCAAACAUAUGAAAACAUGAACUAUGAUAUGGACAGUAUUAGGGUUACUAUUAACCUCUAUUACUUGUUAGUUGCGUUAUCCUUAAUAAGGUAUCAAAUAUCAGACUGGCUGACCAACCACGUUUAUGCUGAGCAAAAUUGUGUUCACUCUAUUUUUGUUGUUUUUGCCCAAAUGUUCCUUAAGAAAAUACUGUACAUUGGAAUGAGUACAUGUAACAAUGUAGUGAUAUUCUGAUAAGCCAUGAUUAAGUAAUUAUAGUCAUGUUGGCAUAUUGAACAUUACGGUUCCUGCUGGAUUGCACGAUUGUAGCAAAAUUCUCUUCUGCCCUGUGUAACUCUUAGCCCUUCUGUAUAUAUGUUGCACUGCAGCCUAUAAACCAUGGAGAGGUUUUCAGCAAAACCCACAGGUUGUGUGUUUUUAGCGUGUACAUAAGACAUACCGAGGAACAACAUCGGUUUCUCUGCAGCACUUUACCACUGUUCAGCGGUGGUCUUUGAAGAGGUAUAAAGUUUACAUUAGAUUAUCGAAAGAUGUUAUGAAUAGCAAGACAAUUUGAUUAUGUUUGAUAAAUGUAAUUAACACUGCACAUUCGCCACAACCACUGCUGCAGGCACUGAAGGUGUGCAUCUGUUUUGUUUUUGUUUGUUUUUAAAACCACAAAUGUUUUUUUCAUUUUACCCUUAUUAUAAAAGUUGCGUUGACAAUGUUUUAACCAUGGUGUUGUGAAUUUGAAGUAAAAACAUCAAAAUGUU